AUGUCGACACGGGAGAGCGGUCCAUCAUAUAUACGAACAAAUCAAAGUGCAAUUCGUCCUCGAAAACAACAAAAAAUCGAAAUUAAAAAUGAACAUAAAGACAUACUUUCUAAAGUCCAAAAUAAUCUUACAGAAUAUCAUCAUGUACCAAGAACGCAUGCAAUUUUUGAAGAAUAUGCAAAUCAACUUUUUAAUUAUUUAAACAGUUGUUAUUUUACUCCCGUACCAUACAAAGAUCAUAUUGAAGCUCGAGAACAAUCACAAACCACUGCAUCGAUUCGAAAUAAAAUUAAACAAUUCAAACUUAUUAUUCGUGUCACAGAUAAAAGUAAUAAUUUUUAUAUUGGUUCGGCUAUUGAAAUAGAAAAAAAAGUUCAACAAUACUUUAUGGAUACAAAUGCUUUCACAGUAAUAAAAGAAAAUCGAUUACCUGAAAUCUGA